ACCCCAAGCACCACCUCCACCACCACAGAGAACUCCACUCCCACCUCAACUGCCACCUCCGACCCGAUAAUUACCACUCCCAUCUCAAACACCAGCUCCACCCCUAGUAUGAGCGAAAACUACACUCCCACCUCAACCCCCAGCUCCACUCCCACCACGACCGACAAAUCCACUCCCACCUCAAACCCCAUCUCCACUCCCAUCACAACCGACAACUCCAGUCCCACCUCAACCGCCACCUCCGACCCGAUAAUGACUGACAAAUCCACUCCCACCUCAACCCCCAGCUCCACUCCCACCACGACCGACAACUCCACUCCCACCUCAACCCCCAGCUCCGCCCCGAGCACAACCAACAACUCCACCCCAAUGGGUGCCACAACCCCCAGCUCCACUCCCACCUCAACCCCCAGCUCCACCCCCACCAUGACCGACAACUCCACUCCCACCUCAACCCCCAUCUCCACUCCCAUCACGACCGACAACUCCACACCCACCUCAACCCCCAGCUCCACUCCCAUCACGACCGACAACUCCAGUCCCACCGCAACCGCCACCUCCGACCCGAUAAUGACUGACAAAUCCACUCCCACCUCAACCCCCAACUCCACCCCCACCACGACCGAAAACUCCAUUCCCACCUCAACCCCCAGCUCCACACCCAUCACGACCGACAACUCCACUGCCACCUCAACCCCCAGCUCCACUCCCCCGACCACUGACAACUACACCCCAAUCUCAACCACGAGCUCCACUCCCACCACGACCGACAAUUCCACUCCCACCUCAACCCCCAGUUUCACUCCCACCAUAACCAACAACUCCACUCCCACCUCAACCCCCAGUUCCACUCCCACCACAAGCGUCAACUCCACUCCCACCUCAACUUCAACUCCCACCACAACCAUCAACUCCACUCCCACCUCAACCCCCAGCUCCACCCCCACCAUGACCGACAACUCCACUCCCACCUCAACUGCCACCUCCGACCCGACAAUGACUGACAGCUCCACCCCCACCUCAACCCCCAACUCCACCCCCACCAUGACCGACAACUCCACACCCGCCUCAACCCCCACCCCCACCUCCACCCGAACCACAACCAACAACUCAACUCCCACCUCAACCCCCAUCACGACCAACAGCACCACUUCUACUCCCACCUCAACACCCACCUCUACCCCAACCACUACUGACAACUCCACUCCCAACUCAACCCCCAGUUCCACUCCCACCAUGACUGACAAUUCCACUCCCACCUCAACUCCCAGCUCCGCCCCGAGCACAACCAACAACUCCACCCCAAUGGCUCCACUCCCAUCAUGA